GAGCCGAGCACCGCGCCCGCUCCGCGCCGAUCCUGCCCGGAUUUUGCACGUUUCCUUUCUUUUUUUCCUCCCUUUUUUUUUUCCUCCCCCUUCUAUUUUUUCCUCUAUUCCCCCCUCUCUUCCCUCCCUCCCUCCCUAGCGUGGUUGGAUCAGUCUUUUGGUAUUUCCUGCCGCCGCCGCCUCCCCCGAGCAGCUGUCCGGCCGCGGCCCGGCGCUCCGCGCUUUCCGUGCCGCGGGAGGAGAGGCUCCGCGGGGCCCACGCGUGUCCGCUCCACCCUAUCCCACGCGUGUCCUGGUGGCGGCGGCGAUGCGGGCGGCGCGGCGGCGGCGGCCGGGCGCGGCGUGCUGAAGGCGGCGCCGCGCUGGGGGGCUCGGCCGCCCCGACCAGGUAGCAACUGCAGAAUGAACAUCAGCUGGUUCCCUAAUGCAACAUAUGGAAAGAUUACAACUUGGAUGUCUGCGUACAUCUUGACUCUGUAUUCAUAAACGGGAGGAAGAGAUCUAAAUUGAAGAAAACCCCCACAGCUCAUGCCAUGAAGGAGGAGAACUUUCUUCGUCGCAGGUUCUCCCUUUGUCCGGCCUCGUCCACCCCUCAGAAGGUUGAUCCUCGCAAGCUGACACGCAAUCUGUUCUUUGGGGCCGACAAUGACAUCUACCCACUCAGCCCAGGAAAAGACGUGGAAGGAAACAGCCCGUCGGCACUGAAGGAUGAGACACCACAGACUCCAAACUCCAUUAGUAAGGCAGGUUCCUCAGAGAAACCCAGCCUCCCACUUCUCCUGGCAGCAGAGAAGCCCAAGAACCAGAUCGAGUAUAAGCUUUGCAAUGGGUCUGACAAAGAGUGUGUGUCUCCCACAGCCAAAUUCACAAAGAAGGAAACACUAAAGGUACAGAAAAAAAAUUACAGACAAGAGAAGAAAAGAGCUACCAAACAACUCUUCAGUGCGCUAAAGGAUCCCAGUGUAGUGAUCACAGCAGACUGGCUGAAGAUUCGUGGGACUCUGAAGAGUUGGACCAAGCUGUGGUGUGUUCUGAAACCAGGAGUGCUGCUGAUUUAUAAGACACCAAAGAUCGGACAGUGGGUUGGGACAAUCUUGCUCCAUUCUUGUGAGCUGAUCGAGAGACCCUCCAAAAAGGAUGGCUUCUGUUUUAAACUUUUUCAUCCUUUGGAUCAAUCAAUCUGGGCUGUAAAGGGCCCAAAGGGAGAAAAUGUUGGUUCGAUCACUCAGCCUCUUCCCAGCAGCUACCUGAUUUUCAGAGCAGCCUCUGAAUCAGAUGGCCGAUGCUGGCUGGAUGCUUUGGAACUUGCCCUGCGUUGCUCCAGCCUCUUCCGGCUCAGUGCCUCCAAGCAGGGCAAGGAUGGAGAAAUGAACUGCUCGAGCGAUUCUGCGCAUGCAGGGCUCAACCACCUCUUGCACACAAGCGCUAUCUCAGACCAGGAGUUCUUCCAUUUGAAUGAAUCAGCCCUGGAGAACCACCACCAUUUGGAAAAUGAUGCUUUUUCGGACAAGUCUGAGAGAGACAAUGUAGAAGAGUCGGAGAAUGAAACUCAUGAGAACAGCCGGAAGACAAAUGAAAGUGAGAGCGAUCAGUCAGAAACCCAUGGAGACGUCUCUCCAGGAAGGAAAGGGACGACUUAUAUUGAACAGAUCUAUGAGGAAUUUGGGGAGACAGGUGAAUCAUCUCAAACAGAAACCGUCUCUGAGGAGAACAAGAGCCUGAUGUGGAUCCUGCUGAAGCAGCUGCGGCCUGGCAUGGACCUGUCACGGGUGGUGCUGCCCACCUUCAUCCUGGAGCCACGCUCGUUCCUUAACAAACUCUCUGAUUACUACUACCAUGCUGACCUGCUUUCCCAGGCUGUCCUUGAAGAUGAUCCAUACAGUCGAAUAAAGCAAGUUUUGAGGUGGUAUCUGUCCGGCUUCUAUAAGAAGCCAAAGGGAAUAAAAAAGCCAUACAACCCUAUUCUGGGAGAGACGUUUCGCUGCUGUUGGUUUCACCCUCAGACGAACAGUCACACAUUUUACAUAGCAGAACAGGUCUCCCAUCAUCCGCCCGUGUCAGCUUUUCAUGUCAGCAAUAGGAAGGACGGAUUCUGCAUAACUGGCAGCAUUCUAGCUAGGUCCAAGUUUUAUGGUAACUCACUUUCUGCACUGUUGGAUGGGAAAGCAAAACUUACUUUUCUAAACAGGGGGGAAGAUUAUGUAAUUACUAUGCCAUACGCCCACUGUAAAGGACUUUUAUAUGGUACCAUGACAAUGGAGCUUGGAGGCAAAGUUACCAUCGACUGUGAGAAAACUAACCACAGGGCAGAAGUGGAAUUCAAGCUAAAGCCCUUCUUCGGUGGCAGCACAAGCAUUAAUCAAAUCUCUGGGAAGAUUAAAUCAGGAGAAGAAGUGUUAGCAAGUCUCAAUGGACACUGGGAUGGGGAAGUACAUAUAAAUGAGUUGAAAAACGGGAAUGUGGAAAUGUUCUGGAACCCAACCAGUGAAGUACGAAGGCAGAGACUGAAGCGCCAUAUUGUGCUGUUUGAGGAGCAGACAGACUUUGAGUCGGAGAGGCUUUGGCAGCAUGUUACCAGUGCAAUAAACAAAGGCGAUCAACACAAGGCAACGCAGGAAAAAUUUGUGCUGGAAGAGGAGCAGAGGAAUGCUGCCCGGGAGCGGAGAGAGAACGGCACAGAAUGGAAACCACUGCUUUUCCGCCACGACGCCACGACUAACGAAUGGCACUACAAAUAUGAGGAUUUAAGACCUUGGGAUCCUUUGAACGACAUUGCCCAAUUCGAGAAGAAUGGGAUACUUCAGACCAUGGAAAGACACUUAUCCACAAGGAUGUCAAACCACAAAACAGCAUGCAUAAACAAUCAAAUUACACGGCACAAGAGGUCUGCCAAAGACUGUAGGCGUCGCAAAGCCAGUGAUCAGCCGUCCAACCACAGCCAGAAUACAGAGAGCAGCUGUUCAACACCAGAGUCGGUGCAGGAGCUCUCAGAUGAUGAUGGGUUUGAAAGCCUGUGCGCUCAGUGCGGGAAAGAAAUGAAUCACCUGAAGGAAAUUCAUUCAGCCGUCUUAUCCCUACAGAGAGCCCAACAGGACAUACACAGAAACCUCAGUGCUCUGAACAAAAAGUCCUUCCACAGGAAGGUCACUUCUGAAAGCUUCCUCCUGGACUCUCGCUGUUGGUUUCUCCUCUGCAUCUUUCUUACGUGUCAACUAUUCAUUAAUUAUGUCUUCAAAUAAAAUCACUUCGUUUGGCAGCAAUAACGAUUACUGGCUGCAGGAGGGGGGGCCACUCGCACAAGGAGCUCAGCGAGGCACCAAAGCACUUUAGAACCAACGUGGCAGAGGUGGAAGAAAGUUGAAAAACAAGGUUAAAAAGGGACCUAGGUACCUGCAAAACUUUGUUCCUGCAGAUAUGUAAUUUUUGCCUUUUACAUGUACAUCUUCAAGGACCUCUUAACCUGUACGGGCCUUAAUGCUGAAGCCAAAUGUAGCUUUAAUUGUGCAAUUUGUUUUCUAUGUCUUGUCAUUUUCUGAUGCAAUUAAUAAUUACCCAGCAGUAUUGGUACCCCCAAAAUGGUAAACACCCCAGUGUUUUGGAAAGGUCGUGCCGGCCUGGGUCAUAGCUCUACGAGUGAGGGAGUGCAGUUAGGGAGCUGUAAAGAACUGAUGUCCACGGUGCCUGUCCGGCUGCCUUUAAUUAUGGGAGGGAGCACACUUGGUCCAAAAAAUCCACCCCCGGGAUAUUAAGUCAUGAUCUGUUUUGUCAGCACACGCAGAAUGGGACCUCAGGAUGUGUUUUAUUUUCCAUUCCACGGGAACUGUAAAUAUGCACAAUUUCCUAGAGCCAUUCCUCUUUAGGAAAUGGGAAGUAUUCAGUGAAAGCUCCUCGUUUGGUUACGGAGCUGACUGGUGUCCUGGAUCAGGCCCAUAGAGUGUAAUGUCAGACACGCCUGUUUGUAAAACCUGGUCACUUAUUAUUAUUGUUAUUAUUUGCUAUAUGGCUGUUUUAUAAUAUCACACACUAGCAUUGUAGAGAGGAAUCCACUGCCCCAGGAUAGAUGAGAAGGACGGGAGCGGUAUAGGUGUACGUGUGUUCGGUUGUAGGCACAUUUAUUAUCAAAGGUCAGGAAGGAGGAAGGGCUUUGCCACUGCAUUGUUCAACUCUGUUAAUAGUCUUCCUAUUUUACACCAUUUUUUAAAGAUUUGCAAUAUUUUCUGUAGACUGCGGACAAUACUAAGCCUUUCUUUUCUGGCCUGAAGUAGUUCCAAGUGGUAAGUACUGCUAUAUAUACAGCCUUAAAAUACUUAGUGGUGGUGCCAGUCUGGGCUAUCUUUCAAUGUAAAUGUUUCCAAAUUUUUAAGUACAUUCCUCAUCAUAUUCCCCAGUUAGGGGAAACCUGUUCGUGCUUGAUAUGUUGAAAUAAAACUACACACAACUUUCA